AUGGCUGCCCUGUGUGGGCGACUCUCUACUGAGUUGGUCGAAAGGGAAUGCCCAGAUGAAGUUCGCCAAGCUAGGCAGCAGUGGAGAUAUCAUCAAGCGGGUGGUAGGCGUUUGAGCUGUAAAUUUCUCUCUGCGGCUCCAUCUGAAGGGAAAAAGAUGGGAGAGAUGACAGUUGGUGAUUUCAGCAUGCGAGAAUUGGGUUCGACAGCGCUCGCCUUUGACAGCCCCGCGUCCCUGGGUGCUCUCCUGUCUGAAGUUGCUAAACCUGCAUUUGAAUGCCAAGGCUUGGCAGCAGCGAGAGACGCCGCUUGCUUUAUCACUUGGGCGGUCGCAAGGGGGGUCUGCGACAGGGAGGUUGUUAGGAAGAAUCUGGAUAUGAUUUUGAGGCUUCUGAUCUGCUCGUCUCUGCUGGAUCCGAAUAUUAUUGUUCGGCGAGCGGCCUCAGCAGCGGCUCAAGAGAUCGUCGGUAGAUUAGGAUGUAUGAGUGCUGAUGAUCCUGGUUUCCUGUUUGUGAAUUUGGUCGACUACUGGACUGUUGCAAAUCGAGUUCAUGCGGCUACUACUCUUCUGGGUGAAGUUGCAAGCAAGCUCUUGAGAAGCGAUCCUAACUUGGUGUCUUUUGUGUUGGAACAUCUCUACCGUUUACAUCUACGGAGUACCGACAAGAGAACUAGAGAGCUGGCAGCACGGAGUUUUAUAGCGGACAAGCUCUUACCGGCGUGCCUGGAGGAGACGACAACUCAUCCGACGAUUUUUCGUCAUGGAGCAUUGUUGGGUGUCUCGGAGGUCGUGGUGGCGUGUGAGGACCUGGUCCAAAUUGCUGCUGCAGAAGCAUUGAUGACCCUGGUUGCGUGCCGACCCAGUGAAGUUACUUCUGAUGAAAUCGGGAAAAUUGAAAAAGAGUAUAUUGAAAAACUUGAGGUUGCUGAUGAAAAUGUGGCGGCGCGACGAGGCUAUGUUUUGGCGUUAGCAUUAAUAACGAGAGCUCGAAAGACUCCUCCUGAGGAUCCUGUGGUAUCACUUUUCGUGAGGGAAGCGAAUGCAUGGCCGCAUCAUCCGAUUUCGAAGGACCUUGUUGAUGCUGAAACGCGACGCUGGGCAGUAUUAGGACUACUCGGCGUGGUUCAGAGUGAAGUUGUUGUGGAUGCUGUCGUGGAGACUUUGAUACGAUGUAUGGUUGUUGAUUAUGCUACGGAUAGUAGAGGAGAUGUCGGGCGAUGGGUACGAGAAGGUUCGGUUCGAGGUGUCUCGGAAGUUCUUGCGGGAAGGUCUAUGAAAGCGUUUGUUGUUGAUAGCAGUCUGGCUGCACUGAUCUCGGCGAGUGUGAGUAGAUUGGACCAUGUUAGAGUUGUUGCUAUUAGUGGUAUAGAAGACAUUAUUGUUGGGCGAGGCUGUCGGGGGGGAGAGCCGUUCGAGAAGGUGUAUGCGACAGUUCGGAAGAAUUACGACGCUCCUCCUCGUAUCGAUUCACUCCAGCUGCCCUCGAAUGCGGUCACCACGUUUGAGCUGAGAUGGCCAGCACUAUGGGGUGACGUAUUGGAGCUCUACCGAGGGAAGGAGAAGAUGAACAUUCGUCAUGCAACAGCAAAGACGAUUUAUGAGAAAUCUUUGCUGUGCGCGACGCGGAGGGAUGAAGAUAUGUUUGAUGUUAUAAUAGAAACUGACUGGACUGCAGAUGAGGUGGUUUGGAAAGAAGUGCACUUGAAGAUAUGUGAGCGGAUUGGUGUUGAAGCCGUGGUGGAGCAGGAAGCGGCGAUGGUGAAAAUGAGAGAACCGUACGUGUUUGGUUACGCUGAUUUUCUAGACUUCGAGAGGGUGAAAGUGGAGGAUGUUGUUGCAUCGUUGUGA